CAGGUAUUCAGCACGCCGGCGUAACCUUCGACGACGUUCGCCACGAGUCGAAAAUCGCAAUGCCGCGGUUUUGCGUGAUUCACACGGAAGAUGCUGUGGAGCGAUGGAAGAAGCGUACCUACAGCGACAUGUUCAUCGACGGGUUGGCGCGCGAAGGCGAUUCGUGGACGGUGGUGAACCCCGCGACGGGCGACUCGUUGGCGACGGUCCUUCAAGACAACUACGAUGGGAUUGUCAUCACAGGAUCCCAUUACAACGUCCGAGACGAGUUGCCGUGGUACAAAGCGUUGAUUGAGAUCAUUCAACAUGUGGCAAGCACGGGCACGCCCAAUUUGUACGGCGGCUGCUUCGGCCACCAACUCGUGGCCCAUGCGCUGGGCGGUGUCGCAGGUCCGAGUGAGAAAUUUGUCAUGAAGGCAGAGACAGUUCACUUUUUGCCGUCAAGUGGCAACCUGCUGGGCCCGGUACCGGCGUCGUUGAACUUGCUCGAAGUGCAUGGCGAUUGGGUGAGCGUGUUGCCUCCGGGGGCCGAUUUGGUCGCGCAUUCCGACUCGUGUGCGAACGAAGCGUUUGUGACGGGGGCCGCGCGCAACAUUUUGUGUGCUCAGGGCCAUCCUGAAUUCGACGUGCAGUACUGCUUCACGGAAACGCUGUGGGAUUUGUGCAAGUCGCGACUUGGCAGUGCGGACGACAUCGCACGAGCCAAAGCGUCGUUGGACGCGUACACGGACGUGGACGCCAAGCGAUUCUUGGCCUUGAUUAGCAACUUUCUUAGACACAAGAGAAACUAAUCAACGACUUGAAUCCAAAAUGCAAUACGUGCGACGCUUCGUGCCGCCGACGGCGGCGAGGCUGGGGAUUAAAUGCGGCCGAGAAGGGUCUGCAUGGCGAGCAGGUCGUUCGAGUUGAACUUGUCCUUGAUGUCCU